GCGGGGCUGAGUCAGAACCACAAUAGCCAGGCCAGGAACUACAACUCCCAGGGCAGGCUUUCGGGAGCAGGGCAGCUGGACUACGGGAAGCAUCUGGCAGCGGCCCGCAAGAGGCAACUUGGAGGAUCUGGGUGUAAAAGGCCAGGGUUAGGAGCCACAGGCAUGCUGCGUCCCAAGGCUUUGACCCAGGUGCUAAGCCAAGCCAACACUGGAGGCGUCCAGAGCACCCUGCUGCUGAAUAACGAGGGAUCGCUACUGGCCUACUCGGGUUAUGGGGACACGGACGCCCGGGUCACCGCGGCCAUCGCCAGUAACAUCUGGGCUGCCUACGACAGGAACGGGAACCAAGCGUUUAAUGAAGACAAUCUCAAAUUCAUUCUCAUGGACUGCAUGGAGGGUCGUGUAGCCAUCACCCGAGUGGCCAACCUUCUGCUGUGUAUGUAUGCCAAGGAGACCGUGGGCUUCGGAAUGCUCAAGGCCAAGGCCCAGGCCUUGGUGCAGUACCUGGAGGAGCCCCUCACCCAAGUAGCAGCAUCAUAAUGGGCGUUAGUGAAAGCUGGGUUCAGGAGAGAGAUAACCAUCUGGAGGGGCAGGGACACCUGGGAAAAUCUUCUUGGACUAUCAGGGGAGGGUGGGACUUUGCUUUUUGCAAGAAUAAACUUCAACUCCUGUCUUU